UUUCCGACCACGCCGGGCCUACGCCGCCAGAACCGCGGAAUAAUGGCUUCGGCUCUAGUAGCGGCUCGAGGAGCGUGCCCCGGACCAGCCUAUGGGCCUAUGGGCCUCGCCCCGGACUGGGGGAAUCGAGGCGUCUCCACCGGGACCACCAUCAUGGCCGUGCAGUUUGAUGGGGGCGUGGUCCUGGGAGCGGACUCCAGGACUACCACCGGGUCGUACAUCGCCAAUCGAGUCACGGACAAGCUGACCCCUAUCCACGACCGGAUCUUCUGCUGCCGGUCCGGCUCAGCGGCGGACACCCAGGCCGUGGCGGACGCGGUCACCUACCAGCUCAGCUUCCACAGCAUUGAACUGAACGAACCUCCCCUGGUCCACACAGCUGCUAACCUCUUCAAGGAGAUGUGUUAUCGUUACCGAGAGGAUCUCAUGGCUGGGAUCAUCGUGGCUGGCUGGGAUCCCUAUGAGGGGGGCCAGGUAUACUCAGUACCCAUGGGAGGUAUGAUGGUUCGGCAGCCUUUCUCCAUUGGGGGUUCAGGUAGCUCCUACAUCUAUGGCUAUGUGGAUGCCACCUAUCAAGAGGGUAUGAAUGAAAAGCAGUGUCUUCAGUUCACUGCCAAUGCUCUUGCUUUGGCCAUGGAGAGAGAUGGCUCAAGUGGUGGCGUAAUCCGGUUGGCAGCAAUUACUGAGAAAGGAGUGGAACGGCAGGUGCUUAUGGGGGACCAGCUUCCCCGAUUUCCUGUUACCACUUUUCCUUCAGCUUGAGAUCUACUACCUCCUCCCUGUUCUCUCUGUACCACCCCCUCCCCCUAGUCAUAAGCCAUCCUCAAAUAUACCCAAGAUUCAAUAAACUGUGGGUCAAGGGGAGAGUU